AUGCAAAAUAUUCAAAAUCUGCAACAACAACAACAACAGCAACAACAACAACAACAACAACAACAAACAUUAAAUCAAAACAUACAGUUUUUUAACCCAUCCAUACCAAUUCAACAAAACUUACAACAACAAAUUUUGGAUAAUCAAUCGAAUAUGGCUAUGCAACAAUUUAAUAAUUUAAAUAAUAUGAUGAAUAAUAAUUUACAAAACCAAACUAUUUCAUUUCAAAACUCAUAA